UUCAUGAAUAUCAUUCAGUUUAUGAUAGAGUGAAGUCUAUUUCUGCUAGCUGGAAAUCAUUUGCAAUUUCAUUACGUCUACGAAUAACUGACAUUAAUAUUAUAGAAGCUAGCUCUCAUAAAAAUGCCAUUUCUUGUCUGCAGAAAGUUAUUGCAUGAGUAUUGGCUAAAGAAAGAUUAUGAUUAUGAGCACUAUAGUAUUCCGUGCUGGAAAAUGUUGUGUGUGGCUGUUAAAGAAGGAGGAGGUAACCCAGCAUUAGCUGAUGAAAUAGCCCUUGAACACCCUCUAUCAGCCACUACUGGAGGAGCUAUUUCUUUAGAUACAAGAGAAACUACUUAUCCUCUAUCUAUACGUGUGGGUGGUUCUACUGAUAUCAUUCAUAAUUACCAAGGAAUGUCACCUAAGUCAACAGGAAGGGAAUGUGAUGCCAAUGUUUCAGAACUAAUUGAAGAGAUUCAUUCUCCAUCAAAGAAAUUACCUCCUUAUAAACAAGCCAUAUCACCUGCAGAAUCAUCUAAAACCAGUCAAAGUAAAAAAACAUUGUAUGUCUUUUAUCCUCCAUCACAACCUCCUAAUAAAGGAGAAAAUCUUCAAAUAACAAAUCAGCUACAGAAAAUGAGCAAUGAAUUUACCACUCUCCUCUACAAGACAAGAAAGGCUCUUGAUAGGCAGCAUCUUCCUGACAUCACUGAAUACAUUGAAGCUCAUGUUGUGUCAUUACUUAAUCCAAAUGAUCAAACACCUGAAAACAAGGAGCUGGUGAGACAGGAAUUUCAUCACAUUAAAGAUACGCAGCAAUUGUUCUGCAUUCUUGAAAAAUAUGUGUCCUGGUUCAACUAUUCAUUUAUACUCAAAAUCGUUAAAGUUUUUCUUCAAAAGAACAAAUCUCUGAAUAAAAGUUGGUCUUCCUAUGAAAGUAAAAUCAAAGAAUAUUUCAUGAUGGGUGAAGGUCGAGCCAUUCUAUGUGUUGAUGCUGUUGCAUUUGGCCUCUCUGAUAUUCCUGGAACAAAAGCAAUGAUAAUUAAAGUUGAAAGAGAUGAUUACACUUUUUAUGAUCUCGCUGCUAUCUAUCACCAAAUUCCCAAUGCUCUCAAAAUUCCUAAUGCUAGAUUUUACUUCAGCUCUGUUAUCAUGGGGUGCUUAGGACUAAACUAUCUCAUUCCUAACUACUUAUACUUCAUAUUCUUCCCUUUACAUGAAGAGCAACUAAAAAACCUGGCAUGUAUUGAUGGUAUCUCUAAGCUGAAGUGUGGAGAAUAUUCUUAUGAUAUUAAUGAGGUGUCACAGCAACAAGCACAGCGCAACAUUUCUAACGUUGCCAUUGAUAUGUGUGAUCCAUUAUGGCACGAGAAUACCAGUACACCAUUACAUGAAGCAGCUUGGAGAGGAUUAAAAGAUGAAGUACAAUGGCUUCUUAACAAGUUUGGUUACAGCACAUAUCAUUGUGGUCUUCAUGGCUGGACUCCAUUACACUCUGCAUCAUACGGUGGACACAUUGAGAUCCUUCAACUACUCAUCCAUCAAUAUGGUAUUGAUCCUAAUACAGGUGAUGAUAAUAGUGUAUCUAGUUUACACAUGGCAUCCUAUAAAGGCCACUUAUCUAUAGUACAAUAUCUAGUAGACACAUGUCACGUUCCUCCUGAUCAAACAGACAGUAGCAAUAAUACUGCAUUACUAUACUCAGCAAUGGGUGGCCAUUCUGACCUAGUGGAUUCUUCAUUGAGAGAAAUUACAAUACUUCUCAGAUAAAUUGUGUUAGUGCCUCUUUAUCAUUGUUAGCAUGCCAAAGUGGAGAGUUAGCAUUAGUCCAAAAACUUGAAACAUUAAACCUCUUCUCACAAGACAUGACUAUAUCAGGUUCUGGUAUAUUACAUUAUACUUGUCGUUCUAUGAAUAAUAGAAGUGUUGAGCUUUUUAAGUAUCUUUUACAUCAAUAUCAAUUAUCCAUUGAUGUAAA